CAAACACGAACGCUGGCGGCCAUGUUUGUUGUGGCCGCGGGGUGCAGAUUACAAUGUUCCUGAGUGAGGCUGUGUUUUGAUGCUGCUGUGAUUGCUGUGAGUCCCGCCGCCGCUGUGGGGAGCCUAGGGAUCCAUCAUGAGUAUCACAAGCGAUGAGGUCAACUUCCUGGUCUACAGGUACCUACAGGAGUCAGGCUUCUAUCAUGCUGCCUAUGUCUUUGGAAUUGAGUCACACAUCUCCCAGUCCAAUAUCAAUGGAGCGCUGGUGCCUCCCGCUGCCCUCCUUAGUAUCAUACAGAAGGGCCUGCAGUAUACAGAGGCUGAGAUCAGCAUAGGGGAGGACGGCACAGAGCGGCUUAUUGACAGCCUCUCUCUGAUCGACGCUGUGAUGCCAGACGUGGUGGCCUCCAGACAGCAGCAGAACCAGCAGCCCAAAGCCGUGGUCAAGACAGAGAUUCCCAGCACCAAUGGGGACGAGGUUCCCCUGACAGGCACCACGGGUGAGAACAUGGAGGUGGACAACAGUGUGGAGAUCCCCCUCAACAAGGCCACCAUCCUGCGGGGGCACGAGAGUGAGGUGUUCAUCUGUGCCUGGAAUCCAACCACUGACCUCCUUGCCUCAGGGUCAGGAGACAGCACGGCCCGCAUCUGGAACAUGAAUGACAGCACCACCUCCCCGAACCAACUUGUUCUGAGGCACUGCAUUCAGAAGGGAGGCACCGAGGUUCCCAGUAACAAAGACGUCACUUCCUUAGACUGGAAUUGUGACGGCACCUUGCUCGCCACGGGAUCUUACGAUGGUUACGCCAGAAUUUGGAUGACGGAUGGCCGGCUAGCCUCCACCCUUGGCCAGCACAAGGGUCCCAUAUUUGCCCUUAAGUGGAACAAAAAGGGCAACUACAUCCUAAGUGCUGGAGUGGACAAGACCACAAUAAUCUGGGAUGCUUCUUCUGGCCACUGUACGCAGCAAUUUGCCUUCCACUCAGCCCCAGCUUUGGACGUGGACUGGCAGACUAACAACUCCUUCGCGUCCUGCUCCACCGACCAGUGCAUCCACGUGUGUCAGCUGGGGCAGGACAAACCCAUCAAGUCCUUCCAGGGUCACACCAAUGAGGUGAACGCCAUCAAGUGGGACCCCCAGGGCAACUUGCUGGCUUCAUGCUCUGAUGAUAUGACCCUGAAGAUUUGGUCAAUGCGGCAGGACAGUUGUGUACAUGACCUGCAGGCGCACAGCAAGGAGAUCUACACCAUCAAGUGGUCACCGACAGGACCCGGCACUAACAACCCCAACAUGAACCUUAUCCUGGCCAGCGCCUCGUUUGACUCAACGGUGCGGCUGUGGGAUGUGGACCGGGGGGCGUGCAUACACACCCUCACCAAGCACUCAGAACCUGUCUACUCGGUGGCCUUCUCUCCUGACGGGAAGUUCCUCGCGUCGGGAAGCUUUGACAAGUGUGUUCAUAUAUGGUCCACACAGAAGCAUAGACAAGACACACCACCACCACCACCACCACUCACCACUACCACCACCACCACCACCACUACCACCACCACCACCACCACUCACCACUACCUUCCCAACGCCUUCCCUUGCAGUCUGGCCAGCUGGUGCACAGUUAUAAGGGCACGGGAGGAAUCUUUGAGGUGUGCUGGAAUUCCCGAGGAGACAAGGUGGGCGCCUCAGCUUCCGAUGGCAGCGUGUUUGUCCUGGACCUCCGCAAGUAGACAUUCCGCCGCCGCCGCGACGCACCGCCACUUUUUACCACACGUUUGCUGUUUGUUCCCCGCUGCGGGACUUGGAACGAAAGCCACUGAUGUUUUUUAUAUAUGCUUUUUUUUUUUUUUUUUUUUCUAUUUCCUUGUUUUUUGUAUUGUUUUUCUUAUUCUUUAUGAGUUUAUCUGCUGCUUUAUCUGCCAGAGUGAUUUAGAAAGAAAGAGAACUUUUCAAAAUGCUAUGACUGUCCCGCCUUGAAGGUAUUAAGAGUGUAGUGAUGGUGGUGAUGGUGAUGAUGAUGGUGGUGGUGAUGAUGAUGAUAAGUCACAGUGCAUGUGUCAAUGUGUCAGGCAGUGUUGGUUCCAUGGCUGAGUGGAGUGAGGAAAAGAAAAAAAAAAGAAAAAAAAAUUGGGUGAAACUCAAACAUUAGUGAAGAUGACAAUGAUGAUAAUGACGACAAUUACAGUGAUGACUACGA